ACUAUGCCGCUCUGUCCUCGGUCCGCUACAGACGGAGGCCCGUGUGACCCCUCCCGGCUGUAAAGCCAAGCUCGAGCAAGCGCCUGCAUCCUCCUAGCGGUCCGAAGAAACGCGUGCGCGCGCGCGCGCACACACACACACACACACACACUCUCACUCGAGCGCGGAUUCGGAUGUGCGAUGACUCGCUGCACGCUGAGCCGAGGAGGAGAUGACAUUUACAGAGCGUCGUAGAGAGAGCCAGCCGGGACUUCGAGUGGCGGGCAGGCAGGAGGCAUGACAGAGGAGAAAUGCCCGCAGCUGGUGGACUACUUUGUGGUGGCUGGGCUGGAGGGGGGCUCGGCCCAGCUGGAUGAGGAGGGACAGCAGCGCGGGGGCCGAGUGGUGGAGCCAGUGACAGAUUUGGCAGUGAUUGCACGGGGGCUGGGGGAGGAGGUGCCCGAGGGCUUCACCUGCAUCGAGAAAACCCAGGGAGGUCAUCCGGCUGAACUGAGUGCAGGACUCAUCAACAACCCCCAUAUGUACCUCUGCUACAGGAGAGGCCAUGACAAACCCCCCAUCCUGGAUCUUGGGGUGCACUAUGAGGGAAAGGAGCCCACCAAACCUGGAUGGCGUGUCAUUGAGACCACCCCUUACAGCCGCUCUGCUAGCUUGAGCUCGGGCGGGCCCACCACGCACCGCACCUUCCUGAUGUAUCGACGGGCCCCCGACUCCCAGGCACUGAACACGCUGGGCAUCACUGACAUUUCCCUUGUUAUGCCCAGCAAAGGCGAGACCGCGCCCCACACCUUCUGCAGAGUGGACAAGAACCUCAACACUGGCAUGUGGGGACCAGCCCUAUACCUCUGUUAUAAGAGAGCCAUGGCAAAAGCCAAUGCCCUGGUCUACGAGGCAGGUCUCAUCAGCCGCUACCCUGAAGAUGACCUGGACUCCUUCCCCCUUCCGGACUCGGUACCAAUUUUCUGCCUGCCCAUGGGCGUCACUGUGGAAAGCUGGCCCCUCAAUACCAAGUACCAGCUUCCCGUCUUCUCCACCUUUGUGCUUACCAGUGCCUGCGGAGACAAGGUGUAUGGGGCUGCUAUCCAGUUCUAUGAGGCGUUUCCACGGGAUAGGCUGUCGGAGAGGCAGAGUGUGCACCUGGGUCUGGUUAGCGUGGUGGACCGGCGGCCCAUCACCAACCGCUCGCUGCAGGUGAAGAAGAGCAUCUGCGUCCUCUCCCACUGGCCCUUCUUCACCGUCUUCCAGAAGUUCCUCACCUUCAUCUACCGCUACUCCAUCUCUGGCCCCCACGUGUUGCCCUUGGAGAAGCACAUCUCCAGCUUUAUGCACAACGUGCCCUUCCCUUCGCCGCAGCGCCCGCGCAUCCUCGUCCAGCUGUCCCCUUAUGACAAUCUCUUGCUGUGCCAGCCGGUGUCCUCCCCCUUACCCCUUAGCGGAGCCAGCUUUGUGAAGCUGCUUCAGAACCUGGGCCCGGAGAACUCGUGCGCCCUGCUGCUGGCCGUGCUCACCGAGCACAAACUGCUCCUGCAUUCUCUGCGACCCGAUGUGCUCACAUCUGUCAGUGAAGCCCUGGUUGCCAUGGUGUUCCCUCUCCGCUGGCAGUGCCCGUACAUCCCCCUAUGCCCCCUGCGGCUGGCGGACGUUCUGUGCGCCCCCAUGCCUUUUAUUGUGGGCGUGCAUUCAAGCUACUUUGACCUGUACAACCCUCCUCAGGAUGUGGUGUGCAUUGACCUGGACACCAACACCAUUUUCCAAUCUGAAGACAAGAAGCCUCUUUCUUGGAGAUCACUUCCCAGAAAACACAGCAAAACCCUUUUGACCUCCCUCACGAACUUGCAUAAAACUCUGGAGAAGAUCUACAUGCCUGGCCAGGAGGAAGCAACAUUGGAGUUCCUGCUUACAGACUAUGACCUCAUCUAUGGGCGUCAGAAGCAGCUGGAGCUGGAGAUCCAGGAGGCCUUUCUUCGCUUCAUGAGCUGCCUCCUCCGGGGGUACCGGACCUAUCUGCUGCCCAUCACCCAGGCCCCCUCAGAAAGGACUACAGACUGCAGCUCCCUCUUCAACCUGCAGGGAUUUCUGAAAUCCCGGGACCGGACCCAACAGAAGUUUUAUGCCCAACUGACCCGCACACAGAUGUUCACCCAGUUCAUUGAGGAGUGCUCCUUCGUCAGCGACAGACACACCUGCUUGGAGUUCUUUGACGAGUGUGUCCAGAAGGUGGACGUGGAGAAGCCCGAAGACGUUCGGCUCAUUGAUCUGGACGAGAGCCAUAGUGGGGAGCACACUGUCUUCAUCAUGCCCCCCGAGGAGCCGCAGGAGGCAGACGGCUCAGAAUCUCCUGCCCUCUACAGCUACGAGACCUUUCCGAUCCUGCAGCCGGAUCUCUUUGACCGCCCGCAGGACCAACUGCGCGUACCAGCCAGAGGGAGCGCCCCAAGCAGCCCCGCCCCUCGACGCACCAAGCAGGAAAUCAAGUUGGCUCAGAAACGGGCCCAGAAGUACUCCUCAGUGCCAGACAUGUGGUCCAAAUGUUUGCUGGGGCACUGCUAUGGGCUGUGGUUCAUCUACCUGCCCACGUUUGUGCGUGCAGAGUGCGCCAAGGUACGGGCCCUGCACACGGCCUACGAGGUGCUGAAGCACAUGGAGACGCGAAAGGUGGUGCUACCGGAUGAGGUGUGUUACCGUAUUCUGAUGCAGCUCUGCGGUCAGUAUGGGCAGCCCGUUCUUGCCGUGCGGGUGCUGCUCGAGAUGAAGAAGGCUGGUAUCACACCUAAUACCAUCACCUACGGGUACUACAACAAGGCUGUGCUGGAGAGCAAGUGGCCUUCAACCAAUCAGGGUGGCCGGCUCCGUUGGGCGAAGCUGCGAAACGUGCUCGUGGCUGUGGCGCAGUUCAGGCAACCGGUCAAGCAGCGGCGGAAGAGCAGCUCUGUAGGUUCGCGAGCAGAUAUUCCUGCGGAUCAGCCCACAGAGACACGGCCCCAUUCCACUUUAAUUCGCCAGUCUAGCUGGAGUGGGCUGAGUGAGGCCUCAAGCCACGAAUCGCUGACCAGCGCCCUCGUGAAAAGCAACAGUCUGAGUAGCAUGCAAGCGGCUAAUGACAAGUCUAAAAGUCUGUCUAGGAGAAUAGUUGUCCACAGUGCUGUCGCAGUGGGCACCGAUGACCCAGCUGCACGGAAACCACCCGCCGGCCCCCGCGACAGCACGGGCCCCUCUUUGGCACCUCCUGCCGGGGGCCUGCUGCGCCGUAGCGAGGUGUGCCUGUCCACUUUCUAUAAGGACUGCGCCGAGACGGUUGACUCGGAGCCUGACUGCGUCUGCCAGCCUCACGGGCGAAAUGGCAGCAGGGUGCUGGGGCCGAGAGAGGCACAGGGCCGAAAAGCCGUGGAUGAGAACUCGAACAAUAUGCCGUCUCCAAGCCGCGGGCUGGCAGGAAAGCUGCAGCAACUGCUGACGCCCACCCGGCACCGGGCUUUGGUCCGCCGGGCCGCCAGCGUAGAUGACCGCAAGCCGGGAGGCGGGCCCAUCCCUGGCCGAAGGGUCUCGGAGCAGCGCCAGUCUCGCAAGUCCCAGGUGGCUGACUCGCUGCUGAAGGCCAAGGAGCGCCUGUAUAACGCCACCUCAGAGAGCUCGCUUUCGGUCGGUAGUGACAUCGACCUCGCGGAACCCCCUAAUCUCUCCUUUCAAGUCCGAAAAUCCUGGGACUCCACACAGGAAGGAGCUGGACUUGAGGUUCUGAUGUCCAGCUGCUCCCUCUGCCGGAAAUGUAACUCCCUGGUGUAUGACGAGGAGAUCAUGGCGGGCUGGACCUCCGACGACUCGAACCUCAAUUCCACUUGUCCCUUCUGCUCAGCCACCUUUGUGCCACUCCUCAACGCUGAGAUCUGUGACCUCGGACCGGCGUGCAGCUCAGAGCAUAGCGGCUGGAAUGUCGGGGAUGUGUCGGAGGGUGGCAGUGUGCCCCCUGCUGGACAGGAUGGCUCCACGCGUCAUCUUUACAACGGAGUGUGCGAGGACACCAGUUCGGAAACCAGCGGCUAUUCAGAGAGCAGCACCACCACGGGCUCUUCGGUAAGCAGCGUUCCUCUGGUGACCGUGGCCUACCUGAGCCCCCUGGUGCUGCGCAAGGAGCUGGAGAGCUUGUUGGAGAAUGAGGGCGAGGCUGUGCUCUCCCAGGGCCAGCUCCUCGACAACCACUCCAUUAUCUUCUGGAACCUGGUGUGGUACUUCCAGCGCCUUGGUCUGCCCAGCAACCUGCUGCAGCUGCUGCACUCCUCGGAGCUCACCACCCAGCUCUCACAGAGUGCAGAGAAUGCGGUGGUGAGGGUGCGGCUGCUCUGGGAUACGCUGACCCCCGAUACGGAUCAGUGGCCUCCCCUCUAUGUUCUCUGGAGGAUACACAGCGGGAUGCCCAUGCGGAAUUACAGCUGGAGGAGGCACAAUCACCCGUUCACCUUGGCGUUUCUGGAGGAGGUGCUGCGCUGCGUUGGCAUGAAUGAAGUCCACAAAGCCAUCACUCUCUUCCUGGAUACUGUUGCCAAACAACCUGGCACUCCUCGGGUACAAAGGAGUCUCUACAGAGAGAUCCUCUUCCUCACUUUGGCUGUUAUGGGUAAAGAUCAUGUUGCUGCCUUCGAUAAGAAGUACAAGGCAGCGUAUACACGCCUGAGUGGCUCCCUGGGCCGGGACGAACUGCGCAGGAAACGGGCCCAGCCUCCCAGCCCCAAGGCCGUGGACUGCAGGCGCUGCUUCCUGGUUCCACUGGAGUGCUGAAGUUUGCUAGGGGCCCAACACCUAGAUGGGAGUGCGCGCGCGUGCACACACAGAGAAAAACACAGAUAGAACUGGCCACUCAGUCUCGCCCCAGUCUGGACACCUCACCCUCUUUCAGUCUACAUUCAUUUCAGCAAUGACUCUGUCGUCAUGUUUUAAACACCCAUGACUGUUGGUGACGGCAGCCAAAAAGGAAGUCCACAUGCUGAAGACUGAGUUUGACUGGUACCAGCAAGAAUCUUUAAUUGCCCCUCUGCACACCAUCAUUUGCCCUGUCUCACUUCAUGUUCCCAGGAGUUCUCAACUGAGUUCCUGGAGAGCAGCGUUUGGAGUAAUCAUAGCCCUUCUGUCUCACAGCUGUCCUCGCUCAGUGGAGAUCUUCCAUAACAACUCUUUGUGCCAUGGCCCUGCAGGUCCCAGUUCACUUGGCAAAUGGUUUCUCAUGGAAAAACAGAAUUGCUUACUACUAGUAAAUUGUGAGUCUCUCUAAACCCAAGUCAUAGAGGCGUGGAAUAUGGAGAUGCAUUGCUAAUAACAAUCUCUGUUUCCAGAAGCCAAGAAACCUUACCUUUUGACUUCAUGCAUAGAAUUCUGACACCUCCUUGUUUUUAAAUUACACAUUUCCAUUCAGGAGCACAGUGAAGACGCAAUACCAAACUAUGCAUCUGGUGUGAGCAGAUAACAUGCCUUUGCUUUCAAGCAGACUUUCAUUAGUGACAGGAAGCCAUAGUAGUGGAUUGCUGGUAGUACUGUCCGUGUAUGUAUAUGCAUGUCCAUUACUGCAAACUCAACUGCUCUGCAUUGUUGGCGACAGGCUGCUUGGUGUUUUCUAAUGGCCCGUCUUUUAGAUUCAUGGAAAAGGGAUCUGUGACUACCCUGCAUUUUUUUUAAUUUUUAUUUUAAAAUUAACCACUAGCGCGUCUGCACUCUGAAGCCAGAGCUCCUGUCCUACUUAACCCUGCCGCUUUAAUGACGGCGGGAAGGUGUGUUAAAUUCAGCACUCUGCCGCUGUUUUCUUCUGGCAUUAACCAUGUUCAGCUGCAUAGAUUCAUGGCACUGCAACUGGAAGAGUUCAUCCAUUAUGGGAGAACAAUGUCAGAAUUAGACAUUCAGAUGCUGAGCUCAGUCUGCAGUCCUCAGCAACUCGGGAAAGAGCCCAGACUACAGUGGCAUCCUCAGACAGGGCAUGAGUGCCUGGGAUGGGUGCAUGUGUGUGAUGGCCACAGGGCGGCAGUACACACUUUCAGUGGAGUACAGGGCUUAAGACACUGACACUGGAACCCACCUCUCCCGAUUUAUGACUUGCAGCUACUCUUCUAAGAACUUUACCAACUCAAGAGUGAUGCUUGUCUUUUUUUCAUUAUUGUAUGAGAUUGGUUUGGCUGGGGGAAGGAAGCUUUUUUUUACAGGCUGUUGAGCUCCUAGUGAAAAUAUUGAAGGUGACUGACUAGAAAGGGGGGUGGUGAUUGGUGUUGUGCAUCUUUCCCCCUUCUUGUACACUGAUUUACAGAACUUCUACAUUAUUUUUUUGCCUUCCUGGUACAUGCUGUGGAUGUGUUUUAUGUCUGUCAGAUGUUUUAUGCUAUAUUUUAUUAAAUUUUUCCAUCUGGGGAACUGCCAGCAUUAACAUGGUGUAUGCAGACAAGAGCUCAAUUUCAUGAAUGAUACUGUGCUGUAACUCCCUGGACUGUCUGUGGCAAUUUGUCAAUAUCUUUGGAUGUUCCACAGGGCUUACUUAACACUAUGUUUACUGCAUGUAAAUCCAGGCCAAUGUUCAGGUUUUGCAAGUUUGUUUUUUUGUCCUUGAAGCAUUGGCUGGGAAAUCAAAUCUUAAGCAGUGAAGCUAUACUAUAGUUUGUAUCAGGUAUUUGAAUCCACAGUUGAGUUGAGGUGCUAAUGCACAGAAAAAUCUCCGAAUGGAGUCUUUCCCCAAACUGUUGUGCUGUUGGUCUUAAUCCCGCUAAUGCUGGUAUGCAAAGCAAUUGCAAGCUUUUUUUGUGUAACAUGGUUUCCUAUAGUAAUUUUGCAGAUUGAGGAGCAGCACAUGUUUAGUUCUUGGACUUGAUGCCAGUGUUGAUAAUCUGACUGUGUUUGUGCAUCUUAAGCCUCUUUACUCUGGAUUCUCUUCAUCUGGUACAACACACACACACACACACACACACACACACACACACACACACACA